UUAUUAACUACCAAAGAACUAAAGGAGUAAAGGUCAUCAUCACCUUCAUCCAAAGAUGAGACGCCUACCACUACUAGCUCUCAUGAUCUGGUUCUUGCUAUUUGCAUCCACUGCAGCGAAGGCAAGAAUUAUCCACCCGUCGUCGUCACUGCUGGACUCCGACGACGCGGCGGCGUUACUGGAUUUCAAGGAAAAGCUCGGUGGCGGUGGCACCUCACUGUUGUCAUGGAACGGAAGCACCCAUUUUUGCACGUGGCAGGGAGUGACUUGCAGCCGUCGACACCCAGAGAGGGUCACGGCCAUCGACCUCCCUGCCGGAGGUUUUGUGGGCCCCAUCUCCCCAGCCGUCGGCAACCUCUCCUUCCUCCGAAGCAUCAACCUCUCCUCGAACGCACUCCAUGGCGAGAUCCCUUCGUCGAUUGGCCGCCUUCGCCGCCUGCAGUACCUCGACCUCAGCUCCAAUUCCAUCGGCGGCGAGAUCCCUAUGGGCAUGAGCAACUGCUCGGAGCUAAGGUAUAUUGACCUAUAUGAGAAUCUGAUCGUGGGAUCAACCCCCCCUUGGCUCGGCUCCUUCACGAGGCUGGCUGUUCUUAAUCUCGGCAAAAACAAUAUCACCGGAGUAAUUCCGUCAUCCCUCACCAACGCCUCAUCCCUCUUAACGCUGGUCCUCUACCGGAACCACAUAGAAGGCAUUAUCCCGGAAGGCCUUGGUCACCUUACCAACCUCAGGUUUCUUCAAAUCUCCGGCAACAAUAUCUCCGACACGAUCCCUACUCCUCUCUACAAUUUGACCUCUCUACGCUACUUCGCUGCGGCAGGGAACCAGUUGCACGGGAGACUUCCUGCUGACAUCGGAAGCACGCUCAGCAAUCUCCAAGUUCUCUUCUUAAGCGGAAAUAAAUUCACAGGCCAAAUUCCAGCUUCCAUCACAAAUUGCUCCGGCCUAAGCAUGCUUGCCGUCUCGUACAACGAUUUCAGUGGCCACUUGCCUGCCAAAACUGGCAGAUUAACAUCGCUCACUCUAUUCAACAUGGGUGUGAACCAUUUUGAAGCUCAAACCGCUGAAGACUGGAAUUUUUUGUCUUCGUUGACAAAUUGUUCCUACUUGCAACAGGUCUACCUCGACCACAAUUACAAGCUGGGCGGGGUGCUGCCAUCUGCUGUCGCCAACUUAUCAGUAGGGCUCCAAGUGCUAAACGUGGGAGGGAAUGCGAUCUCCGGGAGCAUACCAUCGGGGAUAGGAAAUCUAGUUGGCCUGGAACGACUUGUGCUCUAUGAGAAUCAUUUCACUGGCAACAUUCCAGAAGGGAUUGGCCGUCUCCGGCGACUACAGUGGCUGACCUUGGAUGAGAACAACCUCUCUGGUAAAAUCCCCCCCUCCGUUGGCAAUCUCACGCAAUUGUAUUACCUCACUGCGCCUUACAAUACAUUGCGAGGCCCAAUUCCAGCAACAAUCGGGCGCUUGCAGAGCCUGACAUACUUGGUGUUGUCCAACAAUUUCCUCCAUGGUGCCAUUCCAGAAGAAGUAGCCAACUUAACUGUUUUGUCUGACACCAUUGAUUUGCGAUUUAAUUUACUCACAGGAUCUUUGCCUUCUGAUUUGGGAAACUUAAAGAACGUGGAAAACUUCUUUGUGUCUGGAAAUAGAUUACGAGGACAGAUACCGAGCACACUUGGCGACUGUAAGGUGCUGGAGUACCUGACGUUGGAUGCCAAUUUCUUCCAAGGCAGUAUACCUUCGGCUCUUGGCAACCUAGCAGGACUCAAAGUUCUAAACCUGACGAAGAACAACUUGACCGGUGAGAUUCCUCAAACAUUGAGCUCCAUAGAUGGUCUUCAAGAGUUGUAUCUUUCACACAACGAGUUGUCAGGUGCUAUCCCCGAGUCCUUACAGAAUUUGAGCUCUUUAUUUUCAAUCGAUCUCUCUUUCAAUCAUCUACAAGGUCCGGUGCCGACCGAGGGCGUCUUUAGCAACAUCACUCUCAUGUCAAUCGUUGGGAACGAUGGGCUCUGCGGUGGUUCACAAAGUCUCCACUUACCUGCAUGCCCCGCCCAACCUCAUGGAAGAAGACGCUCCAUAUCGGUUCCACUUGCGGUUGCGAUUCCCACUCUCUGUUUUUGUUUCCUCUCGGCCAUCGUCUCCGUUCUUGUUUAUUGUAGGAAGAAACAUAACAAAACCCGAUUUACAUCGUCGACUUCUCCCUUCGAUGGGCAGUACCCUAUGAUAUCAUAUGCAGAGUUGUUGAGAUCCACCGCCGGAUUUGAUGCCGCGAAUCUAAUUGGCCGAGGGAGAUUCGGCUCAGUGUACAAAGCGACUCUUGAGCAUGACAAUAGAACCGUGGCAGUCAAGGUAUUUGACCUUCAGCAAUCAGGCUCCUCCCGAAGUUUCUUAGCGGAAUGCGAGGCUUUAAGCCGCAUCCGCCAUCGGAACCUCGUCAAGAUCGUAACUUGUUGCUCUAGCAUCGACUCCGAUGGCGCCGACUUCAAAGCAUUAGUCUUCGACUUCAUGGCUAACAAGAGCUUAGAUAGGUGGCUGCACCCCCAGCUCGAAGACGACAGCAGAGAGCAUGAAGAAGUAAGCAAUUUGAGCCUGAUACAGAGGUUGAACAUUGCUAUCGACGUCACUGAAGCAUUGGAUUAUCUUCAUAAUAAUUGCAACCCACCCAUCGUCCACUGCGAUCUGAAGCCGAGCAACAUUCUUCUGGACGAGGACAUGGUCGCCCAUGUUGGGGACUUUGGGCUCGCUAAGCUCCUCCCAGAGGCGAUGAGCAGGUCAUUUACUGACUCAAUUACAAAUUCAAUUGGAUUGAAAGGAUCUAUUGGUUACGUUCCUCCAGAGUAUGCAGAAGGCAGCCCUGUUUCCGUAAGUGGUGACGCCUACAGCUUCGGCAUACUUCUGUUGGAGCUACUUACCGGUAAGAGCCCAGUUGAUGAGAUAUUCGAGGAAGGGCUAACUCUGCGCAGGUUUGUGGAGAUGAGAGGAGCCAUGGAGAUUGUUGAUCCAGCUUUGCUCUUGCAUGACGAUGGAACGAUCGAUUGGUGGAACAGCGUCGAAGAGUGUUCGACUUCCCUUGCAAGGAUCGGUCUCGCGUGCACCGAGCAAGCGCCGCGAGAUCGAAUGGGCAUGGGAGAUAUUGUUGCACAGCUACGCGCCGUCAAGAACGUGUUUGUCAAAAAGAUCGAAACGACGGACAAUGAAAAUGGGAAAUAACACGUAAUGGUUCAAUACUGCUAGGGGUGAGCAAAUCUGUCUAGGGUUGGAUAUCGGUUUUUGGUAUUACAUUUCCUGAUCUAACAGGGUCUGAUAACUUUUAUCCUAAUAAUUAAAUUAAUUCGAUCCGUUAUCAUCCUUGUAAUAAUUACUGUCGAUAAACUACUUUUAAUUUGUUGGCACUAUUAAUUACUCC